AUGAUUGAAGCAAACUAUUUAUCAGUGGAGAUAGUUGCCAACCAUCAUACAAUGAAGAACGAUAUAAGUUGGUCUCAUGUUAUCAUGCUUCAUAGAAAAGGCUCACCUUAUUUGGAAGAGAUGAACCGUGUGAUUGGUAGGUGUCGUGCAGCUGGGCUCUUUCUUCUUUGGGCUACAAACAUUACUACAAGUCAUCUUAGUAGUAGAUUUCAAAUAGCUACGCAGAUCAGCAAAGCAAGUACCAAAGUUGAGAUGGAUCAGCCAAUAAAAUUGAAACUUUUACAUAUUCGUGGAGCAUUUAUGUUGCUUGCUGCUGGAAUGUUACUAUCCUGUUUGGUUCUUUUCAUAGAGAUAAUAAAGUCUAAACUUUUUGAUACUAAACGUAUUAGGCCUAAAUAA